UAGUUCCGUACACAGAAGUGGUUUGGGAACAAUUUCCCCUUCGAGUUUUAAUUCAGUCUGUCUCUCUGAGCAAUAUUCUCAUUUAAAGAUUACGACUGUAACAUGCUGAUGAGUCAGAGACACCGAGCACGGUGCCGGGAGUUCACCGGACCUACACCUCAUUCAGUGGCAGUGAGGGCACGAUAUCCAUCAUCCAGACCCCCUGAUUACCUUAUCCUUGAGCAAAGGAAACAGGAGACCAUACGGGAUAAGGUGCUGGAGUUUACCAAGGAUCAAAGUGCCUGUGACCUGAGAAUGCGCUGGGAAAGAAACACUGAACAUCGGAUGGUGUCAGCCACUAUAGACAGGCGUGUCCAGGAGGCCAUGGCACAGUAUCAGAUGAGCAUUGAUGAAAAGAGAGAAAGGCUACGGGAGAUGCUGGAAUCUGAGGAGAGUGAAUUUCUGAGAGAACAAGAAGAGAAGAAAGAGACUGUGCUUGAGAGGCAAACUAAAAUGAGAGAGAGAGCAAGGUAUCUGAAAGAGACAAGGGAGCACGAAAGACAGAAAAUUGUUGCUGAUAAGCUCGAUCAGCUGUUCAGAGAGCAGUGUGAGGAGCUGCGGGCUGCUCAGACACGCCGCAGACAGGAUGAGGUCUGCAGGGAGCGAGCGGCACAGAUCCGAUCGCGGGAGGAAGAGCGCCACCUGCAUCAGGGUGAAGAAAUGCUCUUUGCCCAGCUGUGGGAGAGUGACCGGCUAGCCAAAGAGGAGCGUGAGAACCAGCAGGCCCAGCGUCAGCGCGAGAGCAACUUUCAGACGCUGGCUUUCCUGCAGGCUCAGAUGGAGGCUGCAGAGCAGCAGAGGCUGCAGGCCAAACAACUCAAAGAAGAAGAGGCCCAGAUAUUGCGAGAACAGAGGGAGAUGCUGCGUCUGGAGGAACAGCGGGGGCACAUGCAGAAGCUCCAGAGCCAGCAGAGCCGGCGCAGGCAGCUGGACCUCUGCCUGCGGCUAAAGAUGAAACGAGUGGCGCAGGAGCAGCAGGAUGAGCUGGCCUUGGACAUGAGCAUUCUGGAACAACUGUUGACACAUGAGAGGGAUGAGAAAAAGGAAGAAGCUCUCAGAAAGCUGGAACUAGGCGAGGAGCAGCAGAAGUAUCGGCAGUACCUGGCUGAGCAGCUGGAGGAGCAGAGACGUCAGGAGGCAGAGACAGAGAAGCUGAUCGAAGCAGAGCUCCAGCAAACCUGGAGACGUAGAGCGGAGCAAUGGCGCCUGGAAAAAGAAGCCAGAGAUCGGCUCAUGAGAGAUGUACUAGACAUUCGCCGCUUACAAAUCCAGGAAAAGUUGGAGCGCAAUGCUCACAAACAGGCUGAACUUGCUAAGGAGAGUGAGGAGCUGAACAGAAUAAUCCAGGAAAACAAGCAGUUGGAUGAACAGGAAAAAACUUGUCUCAGGGAAGCCUGUCAGGAAUACCAGACUGAUCUACUGGCUCAGAUGUUGCACCAACAGCAAAUACGUGAAGCGGAGAAGGCUGAAAAAGAGCGGGAGUUCCAGAGGGGCUUGAUCUACCAGGAGAAGUAUAAUCAGAAGAUUCAGGACAUCCUUUCAAGGCCUGUCUCCAACACUACAGCAGUUCACCCCUUCAGGAGAAGAGAUCGACCCACCUCCAGCUAAACCUGGCAUAAGCUUAUUGCCUAACAAUGCUAACAGUACAUGAUUAGCUAACUCAAUGCUAAAAUGCCCUUUUAAAAAAAAUGACCCUAAAUAAAAUGUUAUUGGUCAACUCUUGUAAUUUCAGUGUGCAGAAUAAUACUUUCUUUAAGAAAAAUUGUUUAUUUGGGCUCAAAUGAGAAAUUCUUAAAACUGGAAGUCUAAUGUUUAUAGGGAAAGUUAUUGUUCAUUGGACAUCUUAAAAUUGAAAGAUUUGCGAAACUCAUUUUAAAGGUUUUCACGCAGGAGACAAGGUUAUUUUGGGUGAUGAUCAUUUACUUGUGGAUUAGGUUGCAGUCUGUUCAUGUACCUAUAUUUGCUAAACUUGCUUGACUUGACUGCCUGGAUUUCAUUGGGGUCAAACUGAAUAGUCCUCAGCUAAAUAAGUGACAUCUUACAUAACAAAGGUUCUUCUUACUCAACCAGGGAAUAAAUAUGGCACUUAGAUCAAGCUUAAGUCAUGUUUUCCGUAGAGACCUUUAUGCAUGCUCACGUUAAUCUCUGUGCUGUGUAACUAUUGCUGUGACACAGGUACGCCCCCUCCCCCACAGCACACACUCAUGAAGGAACAGUAAGACAAUGUGUCUGUCUUUGAUUUGUCUUUAGUAUGUUAUAAUUAAACACAUUUGACAGCA